AGGAAGGCAGAAACUUCUGCAUAGCAUUAACAGUGAUGUACGAUAAGUGAUUUCACUAAGUGCUGAACAUGCAGUAAGUUCCCAGCACUGGAGCAUCAGUUUCCCAAAAAGAUUGUUCAUCUUCCUCGUCUCUAACCAUGGCGAUGGUGGGAGGAGACCUAUUAGGGGAGGAGUCAAGUCCAGGUAGCACCGCCCCUACAGUUACCACGGGCUCCGCCUCCAGUCCUCAGAGUGAAGCUGUAACCAAUGAGCUGCAAGAACUGUCUCUACAGCCCACCCCCAACCUGCUUCCUAUUCAUGAAAGAAAGAAUGUGCUUCAACUCAGACUUCAGCAGAGAAGGACUCGAGAAGAACUUGUUAACCAAGGGAUCAUGCCACCACUGAAAAGUUCUGCUUCCUUUCACGAACAAAGACGAAGUUUAGAGCGAGCCAGGACUGAGGACUACCUGAAGAGAAAGAUUCGCAGUCGUCCAGAAAGAUCUGAGCUGGUCAGGAUGCACAUUUUAGAAGAGACAUCGGCUGAGCCCUCUCUUCAAGCCAAGCAACUUCUGCUAAAACGUGCCCGUCUGGCCGAUGACCUGAAUGAUAAAAUCUCCCAGCGGCCCGGACCAAUGGAGCUCAUUCACAAAAACAUCCUUCCAGUACACAGCAGCCUCAAACAAGCCAUCAUAGAUACCCAGUUUCCAAAAGUCGAGAGCUCAUCGUUCGACGAGGAAAGCAGUGAUGCGUUCUCGCCUGACCAAAUAGUCUGUCAAGACUCUCCUCCUCCUGGCUCCACCCACUUAUCGUCUCCACCUGCGAUACCUGCCAGUGAAACCACACCCAAAAAGGUCCCGCCCGCUCCUCCUCCGCCUCCACUGCCAAACACAGCUGGCCCCGCCCCCCAGCAGAAACUGGCCAAUGGUACAACAGGCCAAAAGCAAGCUUCUGCAUUGCAAAAGGGUGGUAAAGCGUCAAACGAACGGCCUAUUCAGCGCACUAAAAAGGUUAAGGACAAUAAGCCAAAGGUAAAGAAGCUGAAAUACCACCAGUACGUUCCUCCGGAUCAGAAGGCCGAGCGUGAUCCUCCACCAAUGCUCGACUCCUCCUACGCCAAACUCCUCUAUCAGCAGCAACUCUUCCUUCAGCUGCAGAUCAUCAACCAACAGCAGCAAAACUACAACUACCCUACCAUCCUACCGGCACCGCCCAAGCCUCCAGCUGACCAACAGCCUUCUUCAGCCAAUGGCUCUUCACCAUCCAGGAAUGCCCCGCCCCCUCAAUUAACAUCCACUACUUUCCACCUUACCGCAAAAUUUGGGCCUCUGCCUCCCAACUUGGAUGAGCUUAAGGUGGCAGAGCUGAAGCAGGAGCUGAAACUGCGUGGCUUGACCGUAUCUGGAACCAAAAAUGACCUUAUCGAACGGCUGAAGAACUUUGAGGAACAAAACGGUGGAAAUAUGCCAACAUUUUCAAGCAGCAACACAACACAACAGCAACCAGGCCCACCCUCAGGCAACGUCCCUGCCGUAGGAGGGGCCUCUUCCCCUCGGCAAUCAACGGAUGGCAAUACGGUGGCUUUUUCGAUCCCAUUGGCUGCCACUGCAGAACAGGGCAGGACUAGGGCGACAGCUCCGCAGAUGAUGCCGUUUGGCAGCACUAGCUCCUCCCCUCCCGUUUCGCCCACUCACUCUGAGCGCUCAUUGGCUGGGAUGAGUCCAGAUGAAAUGAGCUGUAAUGGGGAUGCUUUUGGUGAAAUGGUGACGUCUCCUCUUACCCAGCUCACCUUGCAGCCCUCUUCCCCUUUCACAACAACAGUCCGCAUUAAGGAGGAGCCCAACAGCCAGGCACCCCGGUCCUCCUGUUGUCUGGCAUCCACUACAGCGCCCCCUGUAGACAAGGACCGGAUGCUGCAGGAGAAGGACCGGCGCAUUCAGCAGCUCACGCGCAUGCUGUUGCAGAAGCAGCAGCUGGUGGAGUCUCUCCGCUCACAGCUGGAGGGCAAACCGGUCCGAGUGAAAGAGGAAUCUGCUGAUGUCAGUAUAGAGAUGGUCACAGCCGCUGUGAAAGAAGAGGUCAUAGAGGUGCAUGAAGAGAGUGAGAUGGCCACAGAGCCUCAGGCCCUCCCGCAGGCAGCGGAGACGCAGAUGCAAGCGCAGCUGCUGCAGCAGAGGUUGGAGCAGGAUCGGCAGCAACAGCUAGUAAUGCAACAGAAUCAGCGUAACCUGCAGCAACAAGCGCAUCAGAGGAAGAGGAAAACAAACAAACAUCCCAACCAGAUGCAGGCCAAACCGCAUCUGCAAAAACAACAGGUGUCUCAGUCUGACACUAACCAGCAGUCAAGUCACGUUUCUGCAGUCACAUUGGAUGUACCUAAAUCUAACUCCGCCCCCACAAUUGUGAUGGACAGCAAUGGCAACCAGUUCCUGCUAACUCUGUCAAAUCAAAACACAGAGACCCCAACCCGAGGCCAACCCAAGAGCAAAACGACCAAUCAUAUCACGCUUCAGAGACUACAGUCCACACCUAUCAGGCCACCCAGCCAAUCAGUCGCUGAAUUGCCUAAUAACAAUAACCAAUCCGAACGGCCCAUACAAACCGUCAUUUUGAAGCAGCCAAUCAAAAAGGCACUAAAGCCAGAUCUUAAAGUGACAUACAAUUACAAAAUGUCAAACUCUGCAUCCAUCUCAACGUCAUCCAAUUUCCAGACCUCCAUUUCUCCAAUGGAUUCAACAACCAACACCAGACCAACAUCUCCAAACAACAACAACAACAACAAUGAAAUGAUGUGUCAGGACCAGCGACCUUUGCUCUCUUCUCCGACCUCCAGUUUGUGUUCUCCCAGUCCCAUUGGUCACCAGGAAAAUGGCUGUAACCAGCAGGUUGAUGACCUGUUUGACAUCCUAAUUCAGCGUGGAGACAUAUCAGAAAAUUUCAAAUCCACCCCUGAUCCCGUUCUCGAACGGCUCCGCCCAAAUACGCCUCUUUCAUUAAGCCCCUUUCCUAUCACAGUCACCACCCCUCCCUCUGAUCUGCCCCUCAAAACUUGGAUUUUAGAACCUCAACCUCCAUCUAAUACCCACACCAACCGUGAGACGGGAAGCGGCCGUCUUGAAGAUUUCCUGGAAAGCACUACUGGCAAACCAUUGCUGGGUGUGGAGCCCGGAGGACCCAUGACGCUAAUCGUGGAUCUCCACAACCAAAUGCUCAGCACACCGAGUAUCCUCGACCACCCUUGUUCGCCAAUGGAUACGUGUGACCUGAGUUUCACUAGUCACUCGGUGUCAGACUCCAUUCCUGACAGUAUGGAUUGGCUAGACUUUGGAAUGGGUGGUGUUGGAGGGGAGGGGCCAGGGAUGAUGAACCUGAACGGACACGCCCCCUCUAGCUUAUUUUCGGCAGACUUUCUGGACACGUCGGAUCUUAAUUGGUCCACCUUUUAGCUUGUGAGGUUUUCUUGGAUGCCAGUCUGAGCCAGGAUUAUCAUCCUUCACUUACUAAAGGUUUUAUAAUUGUUUCGUGCAUUGACUUUUCUAGUUCAGAACAACUGAUGAAUUAGAUAAGAAACUUGCUACACUUUUCCUUAACCCUAACCCACUCAAAAAGCAAAAAUAUGCGCACACACGUACAUCUCAAAGAUUUUUAUUCUGUAUUUAUUUGAUCUGAAAGAUAGCAUUUGUUCAUCUGCUGUAAUUCACUAAAAUGUUAUAUAUAUUUAGCAGAUGCUGUUGUGACACUCUCCAGAUGAAACACUCUUUCACAAAUGUCUCUGCGACAUACGUGUGGUUACUGGUAGUCACAAAAAAACCAAGCAAUCUGUUUCUUAAUAGUAAAUGCACAUACAGUGUUGGUUUUUUUACAGCAACUAAAUAUAAAAUUUUGUCAUUUUAGAUGCUGAAGCAUCUUUUUGAGCUCGCUUUACCAAAUAUAUUUGGCCAGCCAAUCCAUAUACUGCGUAUUGAAAACAUAUCCGUAUCUGUCUGGAUAUUACUAUUUAUAUAUAGUUUUUUACUCUUUCACAUCGCAAAAAUAAGCCAAUUUAAAGGGGCCAUAUCAUUAAAAUCUUACUUUUUCCAUGUUUAUGUGCUACAGUUGGGUCAUCAGUGCUACUAAAAAAGAUCAACCCAGUAAUGUAGUUUUAGUAAACUAUUUUCUGCAAGCAUGUGAAAAAAUAGGUAAUUGAAAUUUGGCUCCCCUUGUGAUGUCAGAAGGGGAUCUUAUUAUAAUAAUAAUAAUACCGCCCCUUAAUCUGCAACUAUCCAACCAUUUAAUGCAAAGAGAAAAAGAAAGAGAAAAUAAUUGACAGUUCAAUUCAAUUUCGAUUUCAACCGACUGGCGAUUAGUGUUUGCAUUUCAUCAGCUCAUUUGCAUUUUAAAUGACACACGCCAAAAUGGCACAUUUUAAUAUAUAAAGAUAUAAAUUAUCUAUAUGGUAUUUUUAGCUAAAACUACUCUAGGGAUAUCAAAAACUUAUUUUACAUCUUAAAAAAGUCUUGUGAAAUGUCCCCUUUAAAGCAUUCCCAUUUAGGGCAAU